AUGCUCUCCAACACCAACCUCCAACCAACAGAAAGACACACCGAACCCCCAAUACCCACCCCGCCUAUCACAAAACCACCCCAAUACCCAAAAUACCUCUACUUCGCCUACGGCUCCAAUCUCUCGCCAGCCCAAAUGAAAACCCGCUGCCGUAUCAACCCCACGCACUCCGCCAAGCCACUAGCAAUCGCAACCCUCCCAUACUGGCGCUGGUUAAUCGGUGAAUCGGGGUACGCAAACGUCCUCCCACCACCUAGUCUACGCGUCGCGAAUCAAGACUCCGAAUCCGCACAUAAGAUUCCCACUUCCGGGUCCGAGGACGCAGUCUACGGCGUUCUUUACCAGAUGGAUAUUGGCGAUGAGAGGAUUCUGGAUGGUUAUGAGGGUGUUGAUGAAGAUGCUGCUGGCGCGGGGGCUGGGGAUGGUGUGCCUGUUUGUGUUAGGCCUCGGGUGCAAGGGAAUGGGUCUUAUAGUAAGUGGUUUGUUAAGGCGGAUGUUGUGACGUGGUUGGAUGGGGCGGAAGGGGUUAGGGCGUCGCUUGAGAAUAGGGAGGGGAAGGUGCCGGCUUUGGUUUAUGUUGAUGAGAACUGCGUUCGCCUUUCUGAGCCGAAGUUUGAGUAUAUUGCGAGGAUGAAUCGGGCUAUUCGGGAGUCUGUGGAUUUGGGGGUUCCUGUGGGAUGGGUCGACAGUGUUAUGAGGAAGUUCAUUCCUGUAGAAUACUAG